CCUUGGUACAUAGCAGGCUACAAGAAUGGCUGAGGUGUGGCUGCAAUACAAGAGAGCGUAGGUGAUCCCUGGGCGUCGGGCGGCGGGGGUCGCAGACAUCGCAUCGGAAGAUCUCCAGUCCGAUGCAGCCAAUCAAAAUCCCCUGAUCCGUUUACCAAUGCAUAACGAGAGAAAAAAAAAGAAGCUUGACCUGCAAAGUCCAUCAACGCAACCUAAAGAUAUAAGCCGCGAUCGACCAUCAUGGCGGCAGAAGUGGCCGCGCUUGCUCAAUUGAAGCUCGCCUCGGGGCCGUCGCCCAUCACGGCUGAGCAGAAAUACUGGAAGUCAUUCAAGAACCCGAAAUUGCACACCUCGACUGCAUCAUGGCCCAUCACCCACAUCAGCUUUCCCGCACCCUCGGCGGCGACAGCAACGUCGAGUUCCCUCGCAACAGCGGCCAAGUCCAAUGAUCUCUUUGCCGUGACGUCCGGCCCCCGCGUCGACGUCUACUCGAUCCGGAAAAGGGAGCCCCUGAAGACGAUAGGGCGAUUCGAGCACGUGGCGCGGAGCGGCGAGAUACGGGCUGACUCGCGGGUCCUGGUGGCUGGAGACGACUCAGGGAAGAUGCAAGUAUUUGACGUUGCGGGCGGCGCCCGGUCGGCGGUCCUCAAGACAUGGCAUACCCACAAGCAGCCCGUAUGGGUGACGAAGUGGUCCCCGACGGAGAUGACAACACUCAUGAGCGGGAGCGACGACAAGACGGUCCGACUAUGGGACCUGCCCUCGAACACCCCGACACGGACGUUCUCGGGCCACCAGGACUAUGUGCGAUGCGGCGCGUUCAUGCCGGGCCCGGGAGCGCACGGGAACACGCUUGUGUCGGGCAGCUACGACACGACGGUCCGGCUGUGGGAUCCCCGGUCACCCGGCGGCGCCAUCCUCACCUUCAAGCACACCGCCCCCGUCGAGACGGUCCUCCCCCUCCCCUCCGGCACGACCAUCCUGGCGGCGUCGGGCACAACCAUCUCGGUGCUCGACCUCGUCGCCGCAAAACCGCUCCACAUCAUCAGCAACCACCAGAAGACGGUCACGUCGCUCUGUCUCGCGUCCAACGGCCGGCGAGUCAUCAGCGGCGGCCUGGACGGGCACGUCAAGGUCUUCGACACCAGCAACUGGAAGGUCGUCGCGGGGUCCAAGUACCCAAGCCCCAUCCUCUCCCUCUCCGUCAUCUCGGCCGGCGCCAACCACAGCGACCGCCACCUCGCCGUGGGCAUGCAAUCGGGCGUCCUAUCGCUGCGCACCCGCCUGACAGGCGCCGCCGCCGAGCGCGACCGCGCCCGCGAAGCCGAGCGCUCCGCCCUAGACGCCGGGGCCGACGCCGUGGACCGACUGGACGCCGCGCGGGCGCGCCGCGCCCGCUCCACCGCCUUGGGCCGGUCCAUGGAGAUGCUGGGCGAGACGGUCGACUUCGUGAUCCCGACCAACGAGGACAAGGACGGCAAGCGCAAGCGGCGCGUGCGGCAGCAGCCCUGGCAGAAGGACCUGCGGCACGGGCGGCACGGGCAGGCGCUCGACGCGGUCCUCGAGUCCCCCUCGCCGAACCCGCUGACGGCGCUGACGCUGCUGGUGGCGCUGCGGCACCGCAGCGCCCUGCGCGACGCCCUCGCGGGCCGCGACGAGGUCAGCGUCCAGCCCGUCCUGCGCUGGGUGUCGCGCCACAUCGUCGACCCGCGCUACGCGCCCGUGUGCGUCGACGUCGGCCUGCACCUGCUCGACCUGUACGGCGAGUUCGUCGGCGGCUCCGCCGAGCUGGCCGAGGGCUUCCGCGUCCUGCGCAUGCGCGUCGUCCGCGAAGCCGAGAAGGCCCAGAUGGCCUGCCAAACCAACGGCAUGCUGGAGAGCUUGUUGGUCGGCGCUGCGACGAGGGGGGCGUGAUUUGGAGUCCCCCGGGGAUGGACGAAACGGAGGGGUUGGAUGUGAUGAGCAUGGAAAAAGUGGGGGAGGGGUGAUGUGGUCAAGUUUCCGGUUCAUGGUUUUUCAACUGCAUUGCGUCGGCGUUAGUGGACGGCUUACAGGCGGACUGGAAAAGAAAGAAUGAACCAAAAGCAAAAAUUUGUCUCUCACGAGAGACAGCCUGUAUAGACAAGAUAUCUAGACCUGGGGUGAAAUAGACUGCUGUCGUUUCCCGUCGCUGAGAA